CCAUUUUCAGACUUUUUAACUGAUUCAUUCCAGCGCCAACAUACCUAUCUACGAAUAUCACUUACAGAACGGUGCAAUUUAAGAUGUCAGUAUUGUAUGCCAGAAAAUGGAGUAGAUUUAUCACCUAAAACUGACUUGUUAUCUACAAAAGAAAUCCUAAAUUUAUCAAAGUUGUUUGUGAAAGAAGGAAUUACUAAAAUCAGAUUAACUGGGGGUGAACCAUUAGUUCGUAAAGAUCUGGUGGAAAUUAUAGAAGGUUUAAAUGAGUUGAAACCAUUAGGACUAGAAGCUAUAGGAAUAACAACUAAUGGUGUCACAUUAUCUCGGAAACUACCUCAGUUAAAACAAGCUGGUCUAGAUCAAAUUAAUAUCAGUCUAGAUACCUUGGUGCCUCAGAAGUUUGAGUUUGUUACUAGAAGGAAGGGGUAUGAUAAGGUUUUAAGAUCUAUUCAUUCUUCUAUAGAACAUGGCUUCCAACCUGUCAAAGUAAGUAUGUAUUUGAAACUUCGCACCUGA